AUGUCUCCUUCGACGACGACAACGAAAGAGGCCGCUCCGAAUAGCGCGACGCAUGCGGGGGCACCGCAAUUAAUAACGAAUUCACCGUUAUCUCCACCACCACCAACGACGACGAGCAGCCGAUUUGCCGCGUUGCAAAGGAGAGAUUCCUUGUGCAACUCAGCCGAGUUAGAAAGUGGGAACGGACGAGGAGGAGGAGGAGGAGGAGAAGCGGUAAAGGGAAGGCGAACGUCCACGGCGUCGACUUUGUUCGUAGCCACGAAUCAACAACAACAACAACAACUUCCACCACGUAAGCCACCGCGAACGAUCGGAUCUCAAGUCAAGCGCAGACGCAAAUCGAUUAAUGAAUCAGACUCGCGAGGCGCGUUUGACGCGUUGCCGAACGAGUUAGUCGAGGCUAUUUUGUUGAAAGUCGACGCCCCGGCUUUGGCGAGUUUGCAAGCGACGUCGAAGUAUUUUAGGCACUCUGGGGUGUGCGAUAGAGUGGCGAGGUUUAUAUUAGCGACUAGAGAUGGCGAGCCUGGGUUUGAUGAGAAUCAUAGAGGCGAAGUGAACGACGAAGAAGAGGAGGAGGAGGAGGAGGAAGAGAUUUUAGACCCGCUGCAGAGGAUAUUGGACGACGAUUCCGAGGAGGAGAAUAGAAGAAGCAGGAAAAGGAAGCUGAGAACGAGGAAUAACGUUAGGAGUAAAAGCAUCGUGCCACCGACGGUUGGAAGCUGUCGCGUGAGACCUCAAGACUCGGCGAUUGCCGUGUUACGCUUUAAAGACGUCAUGGAGAGAGCGGAACGGGCAUCCAGUCUCGUUUCGUUGGGAUCGUUUCACACGGUUCGAAUCGCGGACAGGUUUGUGCCUUGCAAGUGUCUUGAUAAACGUGUUUUUUGUCGUCGUCAUCAGUGCAACACUAAUCAUUGCCAAGUGUUCCGCGUGAGCGACGUAGAAACGUCUGGAAGAGGGUUCCACGGCCAGCUCGGAAGAGGGCAGGAUAUGUACAACGCGGAAGCCUCGUUCGGCAAAGUCGCCAUGGGGCCGCUCAGCUUCGAUGAUUACGACUACGAGGAUUGUUUUAACUCGUUUAAUGACAAUGAUGAAGAGUUUGUCCAGUCCGACGAUAACAAUACUUCAUGGUAUAGGACACUUGAACCUACGACUUUCGUUCAAGUCUCCGCAGGAGGUUCGCACUGUGCGGGACUGACCAAAAAUGGGACGCUGUACACGUGGGGCCUCGCCUCCUCGGGAGAGACGGGACAUCACCAUACACCUAUUGAAGUUGCGAUUCCGAGGAAAGUAUUUUCGAUGGCGGAGAAUUUGCAUCGAGUCACAAAAGUUGCGUGUGGUUCUAAUCACACUUUAGCCGUCACGGUCGACGGUCAGUUGUUUUCCUGCGGUCGUGGACGACACGGUCAGUUAGGAUUGGGUUACUUCCACGACGGCGGUCCGUUGACGCGUUGCGACGCGUUACGUGGUAUGCACGUCACUAAAGUUGCUGCUGGUGGACAGCACUCGGUUUGCAUAACCGAUGAUGGUAGAGUGUGGUCGUGGGGAGAUUGUACAAAAGGUCAGCUCGGUUUAGGGGAUUUGCGAUUCGCGACUAGUGCCGGAUGGCACACCGGCGUGCCGUGGCCGUGCCUGGUCGAAUCGCUCUGCGAAGAAAAUUUAUCUUCCUUCGAUUUACUAGACGGUAAAGAUUCAGUCGUGCAAGUGAGUUGUGGUAAAAUGCACACGAUGUUUGUGACGCAAUCUGGCAAACUGUUUGCGUGUGGUAAUGGCUCCUACGGCCAGAUCGCCGGCCUUGCACCCACGCUGAAAGAACAAAAAAGUAGAAACGGCACAGUGGGAGGUUACAACCAAUACACGCCAAAGCAAAUCCAGAUUAAGCACCACGUGCGCAAACAGGAUGGCACAACGUUAAUGCACAGAGUUCGAGCGUGCCCGUGCGUGAACGCGAAUCAACCAUCGAAUGGUAACGUAAUUUGUAGAGUUGCUCAAGUAACGUGCGGAGGGAAUCAUUCGUUAGUACUCACUGGCUGUGGUGCCGUUUUUGCCACCGGUACGAACUCGUACGGUCAACUCGGGUUGGGCGACGUGGAGUCUAGGGACGUUUUUAGUCGCGUGUGGAGAUUUCACGACAAGAAACUAAACGUCGUCAGUAUCACAACUGGAGCACACCACUCCGCGGCAAUUGUUUCCAAUCAAACUGUUUUGAAAGAGACGGAUUGCGAAGAACGCAUAUCGAACGACGAGUGGUUGGAAGCGAAAGCUUGCUCGUACGCCGCCGGAGGCAAAGGGGAAUACGACAAGUUGCAUACAAAAUAUGGGUACAAACUUUAUCAGUGGGGCAGAGGCGACUGGGGUCAGUUGGGUAACGGUGAGAACCGUGGUAAAUGGUUGCCGACGUUGACAAAGUCGAACGAUCCAUUGGCGAGACCGUCGAGAAGAGCUGAUUUUUUGGGGUACGAACGAUACUAUGAGAGCGAAGCGGAGUUACAGAGGAUAGCAAAAGAAACGGAAAUUAGAAACUUUGAAAACGGCGUCAAUAAUGAUGACGUUGAAUAA